AUGACUCCGGAUAGCAGUUUCGCAACCACACUCUCUCCCGGGCUCAUCGAAGCCAGCUUCAUCGAAGACUUCCUGACGUUCAAGCUGGUCACAGCCGUGAAGGAGCACCAGGUCGUGUUACUGAGCGGAGAAACUGGCUGCGGCAAAUCCACGCAGGUGCCACAGCUCCUGCUUGAUUCCGCACCUGAGGCCCGCAUUUUGGUGAUGCAGCCGCGGAGGAUUGCGGCCACGACCCUGGCGGAGCGUAUCGCCGCCGAGCGCUGCCAGGCCCUAGGCGAGGACGUGGGCUACCAGGUGCCCUUCGGUUCCCGGGCAGAGAACGCGCGGCUGGUCUUCUGUACUCUCGGAGUUCCUCGGUGA